AUGGCUUCUUCUUCAAGUAUGAAAAAGUAUUCUCAUCAUCAGUACGAGGUUGGAAAAACUCCAAUUCAGAUAGUGUUUCCAAGGAACCUAUUGGGUGGUAUGGUUCCAGGUCUAAACUUUUAUUAUUAUAUUGCAAUUCCUACAAUGCUUUUGGCUUUGAUCCUCUGCUUUGACCAUAGGAAAACAAGAGAUGUGGUGAAUCUUUUUUAUCUAAAAUCUUCCAAGGGCCACAAAUACAUAUGGUAUGCACUUCAUGGGUACGCCAUUGGCUUGGUAUCGGCUCUAGCUGCAGGCGUCUUGACUCACUCACUUCAGCCAGCUCUACUUUAUCUGGUACCAUCAACCUUAGGACCAGUGAUCUUCAUGUUGUGGCGGAGAAAGGAUCUUAGGGAGCUGUGGGAAGGACCAGCAUUGUCCAAUCCCAUGGAGAAAUCUCAUGAAGUAGAGAUCUGA